AUGAUGGACGAUCGGGGCCGCGUGUAUCGGGAGGUGAAGGGCCCCAAGCCGUACGUCGUGGCCCUGAAAGCCAAGUUGCCCAAUACAAGUGAGGAUAGCCAGAAGCAACUGUUUUAUUGGAGGGCUCAGGAAGCAAAGCGCCAUGAAUAUGCCCGCUAUGCCAAAACCCACGAAGUUGGGAUCGUUAAGGGUAAAAUGGAGGAGAUCAGCGAACAGAAACGACAUCACCGGGAGGUUCAGAAGAGAAUCGGCAUAGAAAUGCAGGCUUAUCUGGCUGGUGAAGAAGAAAGGAAAGAAAGACUUCGGGAUCUCCUGGAAGCUGAAGAGAAGGGCUUCAUUGCCGAAAUGGAAUCGCAGGAAGAAACCAUCGAGGGACAGCAGAACAGCAUGAGAAUGAGAGCCAAGGAGCUGAGGGAGAAGCGGGAAGAGGCUCGGCGGAAACUAGUGGCAGAGAAACGGGAACUGCAGUUUCGAGAAACCUGCGAGGAGUUGCGGAGGUUGCUAAGCCAGCAGCACCUGAAGGAGGUGUGUAAAGACCGCGUCACCCAGCUGGCCCUGAAGGAGGAGCUGAACAAGCAGAAGGAGAUGGAGGAGGCCAUGUACAUCGCUCUCUGGGAGGAGGACCGGUUAGCCAAGGAGAAACGAGCCUCUGAGGAGGCCAACAAGCGGUCCGGUUGGAGGGAGGAAAUGAUUAGUGCGCUCAACGCCCAGAGGGCCAUCGCGGAUGCUCAAAGGGACGAGGCUAGGCGACUGAAGGAAGAAGAGGCGAAACUGAUGGAGGAAGAACGGCAGCUGAUCAAACUGGAGAAUGAACAAGCCGAGAUAGAAAGGCGACAGAAGCUGAGAGAUUGCAGAGAUAUGUUGCUGGAUGCCAUGAAGAGGAAAGCAUGGCGUCUCAAUGAAGAAAGACAAAAUGAGCUUGCUUUAGAAAAGAAGAUCUUGGAUCACGUCCUGCAAGAAUCCCUGGAGGACACAGAGAGCCAAAAACAAAGGAAGAGGGAACUCUUUAACGAGCAGCAGAUGUAUCAGGCCUACCUGGCUCAGCAGCGGGAAGAAGACAAACGACAGGAAAGGGAGAUGGACCUGUUGAGGGCCGAGGAUGCUGCAAAAAUGUGGGCCAAGAGAGCUGAGAAGGAAAGGGCCCUGAAACUAGCCAGAGAUCGGUUACUCAAAGAGGUCAUGGACACAAGGAAGCUUCAGAUUGAGGAGAAAUUGCGGAAAAACGCCAAGGAGCAGGAAGAUCUUCUACGGGAUAAGGAAUUAUUAAACGCAGCCAUCCAGGAAUGCCAACAGCUAGAACAAGAGACCUACACAAGGCGUUUGCAGCAAUCGAAACACCACCGGGAAGAACUGCGUGCUCAGAUAGAUCACCGCAAGGAAGCCCGUGAAAUGGAAAAGGAGGAGGAGCGCCGUGAAUAUGCCCUGGCAGAGGAAGCGGAAAAGCUUUAUCAUCAAAAGAUGGCAGAUAUCCUUUCCAGACCAUACAUGAAGUUGAAAUUUCUCCACCCUUUAAGGAGGCAACUAGUCAUUAACUCUAAGAGUUAG